AUGGAUAACUCUACGACUAACAGCACAUCGUACGAGUUUAGCGACUACACCCAGAGAGCUAUAGUAGCCACGCUGUUUUUGAUCGUGUCGCUUGUUGGAAUUAUCGGCAACUCCCUGGUGAUCAUAGCUGUAUUGCUGUCGAAGGUGCUGCAGACAACAACCAUCGCCUUCAUUGUGAAUAUGAGUACAGCGCAUUUGAUGUGCAGUUUGGUGCUUCCAUGGGAUGUGGUAGCUCUGCUGAGUACGGGCGACCUACCCCGUGGUGAUCGUGAGUGGCUCUGCAGUGUGACCACCGUCGUCGUCUCCAUCACCAUUGGCUGCGGUAUUUACACGCUUGCUUCCCUUGCCCUCAACCACUUGCUACUCAUCGCUCGACCGACAACCACGUACCUGAAGAUCUUUACACCGAAGAAGAUUGCAGUGUGGCUGAUGGUCACUUGGCUGAUUCCGAUCUUUGUCAUCCUUUUACCACCACUCAUUAAUCUGGGUGAAGUUGGCUUCAAUGACAAAUUCCACCUUUGUGGAACCAAGUCCUCUGACCAGGCCAAGUUCAUAAUCUACAACUUUAUCCGAGUUUUUGGCUUGUACCCGAUCCCCCUACUGUGCAUUAUCGUCUGCUACGCCCUCAUAUGGGCUCACCUUCGUCGCCAUAUUGGGGAAACUGUCUCCUCAGUUGGAGACGACACACCCACAAACAAGGGCAUCCCAAUGGAGGAGAAUUUAGGUGCAGGCAUCGACAGUGCUCGAUCUUCGUCAGCCUCGUUGGACACCAUCAGCCCGACUCACAUGAUCAACAAGACCAUGCCGUUUGUUGUCGGUGGUUUCAUAGUUCUUCUCCUACCGUAUGCCGUGUGUCUUUUCAUCAGCAGCUUUGAGCCAGCUGUACCAUAUGCAACUACCAUCUUGUUCUCCAGCUGUUGCGUCAACCCAAUUUUCUAUGGCAUCCGGCAUCGUGACUUCAAGAACGUUUUCGGUUGUAUCUUGCGUCGCCGAUGGAAUGACAUUCCACAACCCUCACCUUUUUUGAAAGCCACGAGGAGGAUCCAAUGUUGUAGCAAGCGGUCAGUUGUUCAUGCUGAUGAGCACGUAACCUGA